AUGUGGGGCGAUAUCCAAGAGUUCAUUCAGAAGGAGUUCUGUGUUGGUGAAGGCCUUGUAGGUAAACGAGCCAUCCUGCAAUCCCCAUUCGAGCUCACCACACCGCAGAUCGGCGCCACGCAACCGUCGAAAAUUGAGCUCCGACCGCGAGAGAUGCGAAAGCCGACCCCGCAAAUGCAGAUGCCUCCAGUGCUCAGAAAACUCUCCGAAUCCGGUUCACCCAUUCACAACUCGACCUCACCACAACUACCCGCUUGUUCGACGCUUUUUGAAAAGGAGGUCCCCUGUCCCCCUUGUCUUCCCUCAACAUCGCUCAGCUUCACAUCAUCGGAUUCACCAAGUGAAUGCUCGUCAUUCGAUUCCUCGAGUUCUCCCCUUCCAUCUCUAAGCGAUACUUCAAUUGUCUCAUCUCUUCAAUCACCACAAUCACUUCAACCACUAAUCCCUGUUGUUUAUUCGAUGAAAACGAGUGAUCUUUUGACUUGUCCGACUUUACCGUCUCCAUCAUUUCCCGUUUAUCAGCUACUUGAUGUGAAAAAGGAAACCCCUCCCUCGAGCCCUGAGAACCAAGCGAACAGGGUAGAGAAGUCAAAAACCCCGGACAACUCUAUUGAAAUCAAGGCCCGUCCAAGAAGGAUCAGUUCGAGCUGUGACUCGUCGGCGGAAUCAGAGUGCGAUGCGAGAAGAAGACCGUCGAGAAGACAACCAGAGCUAGGCGGACGACGAUCGCCCAUUCAUGCGUGCAAUCAUCCUGGAUGUGGAAAGAAAUAUCACAAGAGCUCACAUCUGAAAGCACACAUGCGAACGCAUAGCGGAGAGAAGCCAUAUGAAUGUCAUUGGAAUGGAUGUGGAUGGAAGUUUGCGAGAAGUGAUGAGUUGACGAGACACACUCGGAAGCACACCGGAGUGAAGCCAUUUCAUUGCUCGGUUUGUGGACGGACAUUCUCUCGUUCUGAUCAUCUCUCAUUGCACAUGAAGAGACACAACACUGCC